CCACAAGGUGGCGCGCAUGUGACGAGAACUUGUUUCUCAGGCGUCAUCUUUUUGGAUGUUUGAUAUUAAAACAACAAAUAGUUUCUUUUCGCGUUAUCUGUCAAUUAAUCCACUACCGAAUAUAAGAGCUUGCUAAAGCUCGAGCGUGUGAUUUUAGUGGGGCACAGCAGAUCAAUACUGGGUCACGCGCCCCAGUAAGAGGGGUCUAACGACGCCUGUCACUGAGAGUAUGGUUAGCUUAACGUUAUAGCAAAUGUGUACUCUCUUGUCGUUUAAUGAAAAUGGCUGAUAUUUUAUCGUUGAAAGAAUCAGUUCUGGUCUAUUUAGACAGAAGUGGUGGCCUCCAGAAACUGGCCGAAGACUGCAAAACAUUCAGUGACCCUCAACAGGUGGAAGCAGUUUACAGGUUUUGUAUUAGUGUGAAUCCCUCUGAUGUGAUAGAGUUGGAUCCUGUAUUGGGUGAUUAUGUUCUGCAUGACCCCUUGAGAGCAACAGCUUUGUUUCAGUCUGUUUGCUUCCUGGCCAUAAAGACACUGUCACUUGUUGAAAAAAUACACACACAGAGUCAGGUGAAUGUAAAUCUUAAGUUUACACACUUACCUCCAUUUCCUGAGUACACGCUGGACCUUAGUAGCUUUCCUCGUGUAUAUGGACCCAUGAGACCUGUCUUCAUGGAGGGUCUGGUCAUUGCCAUGACGAGGGUCACGAAAUACACCCAAGGGGCCAGGUUCCUCUGCAUUAAUGAUGACUGCCCCUGCUCUACAGGGUUCCACCACAUCAGAGUCCAUGCACCUGGAGCCACGGAGUCAGCUACUGUGAGAAACGACUUUAGCUGCAUGAUCUGCAGCUCCCAACUAAAGGAGGAUGUGAAGUUCAGAGUUUUGGGAGACAAACAGCUUGUGGAGCUGAUUCAUGUCAAAGCACUGGAUGUUCUAACUGGGCAUCAGCAAAGCUCACUCCAAUACCAGUCUGUCACCCUCUUUCUCAGAGAUGAGUUGUGUAACUCGAUGAGAAUUGGUCAACUCUACAGGGUGUUGGGUAUUCCUGCUCAUGUGCACCAGUGGCCCAACAUUACAUGGAGUAUAGAGGCAAAUAGAGUCCAACUGUGGGAGCCAGAGCAUCCCCAGGAGGUCAGUGCCAGCUUCCAGGAGCUGUUGAAGGCCACAGCCACUUCUCCCUGGAGGUUUGCAACCGUUGUAGCUCACUACUUUGGGUUGGAUGUGGCUCCUCCAGGCUUGUACAACACACUAAAGCUGGUUUUAUUGCUCAGCUUGGUGCUGACCAGAGCAGAUGCAGAAGACACAUUUCACAACUUGGAUCUGCUAGUGGUCACCACUGAUACUCUCAUAUUAGACAGACUAAUGGCCUACAGCUUGACCUUGGUGUGUCGUGGGGUCAGGCAUCAGGCCUCAAGGGAGAUGUUUGCAUCUUUGUCACGGGAUGAACAUGGAGCAGGCACUGCUAACAUCCAUGCUGGUUCAGCCCUGCUAGCCACUGGAGGCAUUUGCAUGUUGGGAGAUCUUGGCUGUUACAGAAAGGACAAACUCGAUGCCAUUCAAUCAGUUUUGGAGAGCCGCACAGUGUCUGUGUUCAUCCCAGGCAAGAAAUAUGGUGAGGAUGCUGACCAGCAGGUUUCUUUUCCAAUCCAGUGCAGCUUCUGGGCUUUCACAGACUUGUCUCAGCGGUCUGGGAGGGCAGAGUAUGCCACACUGGGAACUGCAGAAAUGGGCCCUGUAUCGACUCAGUUGGCAGAUGACUUUGGCCUCGUCAUCCAGUGUAGGGAUAUAGUGGGAGAACAGGCCCUGCUGCAUGCACAGGCUGUCCACACCCUCCAGCAGGCAGUACAGUCUGAAGAACCUGUUUGCCCAUCCUGCUGGAAAUUUUCUACUCAAGACUACAAAGAGCUCAUAGCCCAUGCACAAAGUUUGCAAGUGGAGCUCAGUCGUGGAGCGGAGAAAAUUAUUCACGGAUAUUACUUGGCCAGCCGACGAGUCCGAACACAGAAUCAGGGCAUCAAAAUGUCUGUGGCCUCUGUUAAGCUACUGAUUUCUUUGGCUGAGGCCCACUGCAAGCUGUGCCUCAGAACACGAGUACUAGAAGAAGACGCUGUGAUUGCUGUGCUCCUUUGUGAAAACUCUGUCACUCUCAAGCAUGGAGCUUCUGCUCUUGUUAUUCCACCUGACACAAUGUUUCCCCAUGACCUUGGUGAUGUGGAUGGCUUGCAAGAGAGAGAUGUGACCCUGGAUAAGCUCCAUCAGGAUAUCCUACACUUCAUUUAUGCCUAUGCACCAGGAGCAGACACAUACAUCACAGAGGAGUAAAGCCACUCUGAAGCUUCAAAAACAGUGUUCGAGUCAAAUGGGCAAUAUAGGUGGUGGCCAGUAUCAACACGUCAAGUUUGGAAAGCUUGGUGUCCGGCGGCACUGAUGG